AUGAGUGAAGAAGUGACGUCUCCCGGCUUUUUCGGUAGAUCCGGUAUUUUGGAGACUCACGUUCGCGGUCAGUGGUAUCGUGUGUUUGUUACCCUCGAAGAAGACUAUCUGAGUAUCACUCUCGACGAAUCCUACGAAAACACGACAACUCUUAACGGAACCCUAAACAAUAACAUAGAAACUCCUUCCGGUCUAAGCGAUACACCUGACAUACCGGAGGCCGUAGCUAAUGAGAAGAGAUUGGUGCGUGUCAUCAAGUCGGAGAAUAAUGGUUUGGGGAUUUCGAUUAAGGGCGGACGGGAGAAUAAGAUGCCGAUACUCAUUAGUAAGAUCUUCAAAGGGAUGGCAGCUGAUCAGACGGAGCAGUUGUACGUUGGGGAUGCUAUUUUGUCGGUCAACGGAGAUGAUUUAAGGGAGGCGACACACGACGAGGCUGUGAAGGCUCUAAAAAGAGCAGGGAAGGUUGUGGAAUUAGAAGCAAACUUCAUUAAAUAUUCACCACUACCAUGGAUAUUGACUAAAACGAUUGCAAAUAAUUAUUCCGAUUAUAAAUGGAAUAUACUAAACGAGCAAGCCCCUAACGGACCUUUUGCCGACAUUCAGUUUGUUGACUGUUCAAAUAUAAUGUCACCACGAAUGAGAAAUGCAGUUUUAUCAGCCAAUGAAUCUGAUCAUGGAUAUGAUGAUGAUAAUGAAAAGUGUGUAUGGAAUUAUUUUUAUAGAAUCACUAAUUAUAAUAUUAAUGUUUGUAAAAAUUGUUUUAAGAAGUUCAACUUAGCUCACAAAUUACAUAAAAAAUCGUUACGUACAGUAUUUGAACAUUAUCAUAUUGUUUUUGAGAGGCUCGAAUAUGUAUCAUACGUUCAACGAUAUACAUGGUCCACGAAACCCCUUGCCGGUGAUGAUACUGAAUUUAUGGAACAGCACAUUACAGGAAAUUACCUUUUGGAUGCUCCAGAAGUCCAUAUUCGGAAAGAAGGAGGGCAACUGUAUUGGUAUAGGGAACUACAAGAAUAA